GUUCUCUCUGUAUCAGUUUCACUCAGUCGCUCUUGUACUUCAAUUCCUCAUGAGCUGAAAAUGCCUUCAUCAAAAGAAGAUACCACUCAGAAUGAGAAAACACCUGUCCCGAAAGCCUCGCAGAGCAAAGAUAGUGAAGGGAGUUUUCUUCGAAUCCUUAGUUACGCUACUUGGCUCGACCGCUGUCUGAUGGCAGCAGCCACUAUCUCUUCUGUCGGAGCUGGCGCUGCAAUGCCAGCGAUGAACAUAGUUUUCGGCAAACUUGUGGGUAGCUUCACCGGGUACUUUACACCAGGCUCUGGAGUCACCGAAGACGAGUUCCUCGCCGAUGUGAAUCGAAACUCUCUCUACUUCUUUCUCAUCUUCAUCGGGAAGUUUGUUCUGGGAUACAUUUCAGUGUAUGCUUUUCGAAUGAGUGGCAUACGCAUCUCAGCCGCAAUUCGACUCGCAUACUUAUCGUCUCUUCUCGAGCUGCCUGUGAGUGUCAUCGACCAACUGCCGGCGGGCGAAGCCACGGACGCCUUGACAAAUCUCGCCAACACUAUUCAAUCUGCAAUCUCAGAUAAACUAGGCUUAAUGGUACAAGGUUUCUCCCUUGUCAUCUCAGCGUACAUCAUCGCAUUCGUCUACUCAUGGAAACUCACGCUGGUCUCAAGCGCAGUUAUUGUCUUUGUUGCCGCUACGCUGCAGAUUACUCUACCACAUGUCAUGAAGAGGUACAUUCAGAUACUCGGAAACAACGCAAGCGCGUCGGGCAUAGCAGGCGAAACCCUACAAGGCAUACGGACAAUCAAGUCACUUGGUGCGGAGCAAGAAGCGUCACGAUGGCACGACAGAUUCAUGGACGAAGCGCAGAGUACUGGUUCCAAGUUGGCCAUUUGGAUAUCGAUGCAGUUCUGGCCCUCGUUUUUCGCCAACUUUGCCAACAUGGCGCUGACCUUCUAUGCCGGUGUUAUGUUCUAUUCGAAAGGGCUAAUCUCAGGCAUUGAUGCCCUUGUCAUCGUUCUUUACUCGGUUCUGAUCGUACUAUCGGGUCUUGGAAGUAUUUUCACACCCAUACAAUCCAUCGUCAAAGCUAUUUCGGCUUCCGCAGCAUGCUUCAAAAUCAUCGACAUGCCGAAGUCGAAACUUGGCGAUCUUCAAGCGCCCGACGCCAACGCCGGCGAUGAUGUAACAUUUGAGAAUGUGCGAUUUACAUAUCCCAGCAGGACUGAGGCGGAAGUUCUGAAAGGUGCAAGUUUCAAAAUACAGGGAGGUAAGAUCACCGCUCUCGUCGGUCAUUCUGGCUGUGGAAAGAGCACUAUUGUUGCACUCUUGGAACGAUGGUAUGACUUGUCGGAUAUCAAUCCCGAGAAAGAUAUCGAAGUGGCAGAGGCUGAGGGCGCAAAUUCAGUCUGCCAGAAUGCUGGAAAGAUCAUGGUUGGCAGUCACAGCCUCGAAGACAUGCACCGCAAGUGGUGGCGCUCGCAAAUUGGUCUUGUACAACAAGAGCCAGUUCUCUUUCACGAAUCCGUUUUCGAUAAUGUUGCAAAAGGUCUUAUUGGAUCCCAAUGGGAAGCUGUAUCCGAUAUUGAGAAACGCUCGAUGGUCAAACAAGCAUGCGCGGAAGCUUUUGCAGAUGAGUUCAUUCAGAAGUUGCCACAAGGAUACGACACCAUGGUUGGAGAAGGCGGUAUAAAACUGUCAGGAGGGCAACGCCAACGACUAGCCAUCGCUCGGAGCAUUAUCAAACAACCACCCAUUCUGAUCUUUGAUGAAGCAACAAGCUCGAUUGAUGUUCGCAGUGAGAAGCUCAUUACUGCGGCUUUGGAUCGGGUAUCAAAGGGAAGGACUAUGCUUGUGAUAGCGCAUCGUUUAUCCACGAUCCGUCGUGCCGACCAUAUUAUCGUGCUCAAAGACGGAACGGUCUCCGACGAAGGAAACCAUGAUAAUCUUAUGAGCAGAAAUGAGGGUAUCUAUUUCGAUCUAGUCCAAGCGUCAAAUCUCAACCACGGCGACCAGCCUGAAGACCCGUUGGACAUUCCGGAUCGGAUCGAUCCUGGAAAGGAAGAACCCGAGGAGAAGUCGGAGCCCCUCCAAAACGGAUAUUCCAGCAAAGCACCAGAGAAAACCAGCGCAAAAGUGGGCCUGCAAUCGGUAGGACGUCUGUUGUCGGAACAAAGGCAAUACUAUCCACUCUACAUUUUUGCCCUGAUGGGCGCGAUGGGGGCAGGUGCUGCCGUUCCAGUUCAAGCCUGGCUUUUCUCUCAUGUCGUCACCGUCUUCAACGAACCCGAUCUAAAUGAACUGACCAAAGCUGGGAAAUUCUGGUCUUUGAUGCUGUUCAUACUGGCGAUAUGCGCUGCUAUAUCUUACGCUACCAUCGGUUACUUCAGCACUACGAUCUCUUUCAACGUAAGCGCGACGUACCGAAAAAGCUACUUCAACAGUGUCCUCACGAAACCAAUCCAUUGGUUUGACAAGGAAAACCUCUCGAUAGGCACCUUGACCGAGCAGCUGGGACGAGACCCACAGCAACUUCAAGAAUUGCUAGGCGUCAACAUUGCUUUUCCGCUCAUAUCUUGCUUCAGUCUUGUUGGCUGCACAAUAGUCAGUUUCGUCUUUGGUUGGAAGCUGAGUCUCGUCAUCUUCUUCGCGUCUAUGCCAGUUAUUCUGGUCGCUGCAUACUUCCGGAUGCGCCACGAAAAGCAUUUUGAGACGAUGAAUGAGCAGGUUUUUGCCGAGUCUAGCAAGUUUGCAACUGAAGCCGUCACGUCUUUCCGGACAGUCACGGCGUUGACUCUCGAGCAAGCUAUCACUCAAAGAUACAGCACAUUGUUGAAAAAUCAUGUCAGGGAAGCUUUUCUCAGGGCUCGACUGACUGUCCUUGUGUUUGCUUUGAGCGAUAGCCUGCAGUUCUGCUCUAUAGCGCUCGGAUUCUGGUAUGGUGGACAGUUGCUGGCGCGCAGAGAAUACGAGCCGUUGGAGUUCUUUGUCAUAUACUCUGCCCUGAUCCAGGGAGCGCAAGCAGCAGGUCAAUUCCUCGCUUAUGGUCCAAACAUCGCCAAUGCGACAUCAGCCGCAGAUCGCAUCAUCGCCUAUCGAGAAGGCUCUGAAAUGAUCACUCACUCAGAGGAUGAUCAUGAUCGCGAGAAGAAUCAGGCUUGCAAGCUAGAGUUCCGCGACGUCAGUUUCCAAUACCCAACUCGAGAUGUUCCAGUAUACAACAAUCUCUCCUUCGUCAUUGAGCCAGGUCAAUAUGUCGCGUUUGUCGGUCCCUCGGGCUGCGGUAAAACAACCAUCAUCUCGCUUCUUGAACGAUUCUACGAAACAAACUCUGGCAGUAUCCUUAUGAAUGGCCAAAACAUAACAGACCUUCCCCUGUCACAGUAUCGAUCUCAGUGCGGAUUAGUAGCGCAAGAACCCACACUCUUUGCGGGAACUGUCAAAGAAAACCUCAUCCUCGGUCUCCCGUCUGCAUCUACUACCCCCCAAGAUACCAUCGACGCAGCAUGCAAAGCAGCCGAGAUAUAUGACUUCAUCGCCUCGCUACCUCAAGGGUUCAAUACCCAGAUAACUGCAGGGACGCACUCUAGUUUUUCGGGAGGGCAGAAGCAACGUCUUUGCAUUGCACGAGCGCUGCUCCGAAAGUCUCAAUUGUUGUUACUUGACGAGGCGACGAACAGUCUAGACAGCGUGAGUGAAGGAUUAGUCCAAACAGCUAUUGAGCGACUAGGCGGAAGCAAAUCGAUGACAAUUAUCGCGGUAGCGCAUCGGUUAGCGACGGUUCAGCGAGCUGAUCGCAUCUUUGUCAUGGGUGAGGGAGGCGUGAUUGUGGAAAGUGGUAAUCAUGGCGAGUUGAUGCGGAAAAGAGGUGUUUAUUGGGAGAUGUGCAAGGCGCAGGCAUUGGAUCAUUGA